GAGGGAGACAGGCAGGUUUCGAGGCAAUUUUCUUCCUUUUUGUCCCAUUCUCUGCUGCCCUCCCCCAGCUCAAAACCUCUACCCAGAGCCUGAGGCACUCACAGGGAUUUAUCAGGAGAUCUCUUCCUUUCGAGCAUCGUGUCACUGCCAGACGCACCACGGGCUGCAGAGCGGUCGGCAUCACCGUGCACAGCUCUCCCCUUCCCACAGGAGCAAGUGAUGCUGCGGUGGAGACCCUGUCAGGGGAGAAAAGUGAUGCUCGACAGAGCCCUGCACAGUCCCACCUCGCAGCUGGAGCCGAGGGCACAGGGGAGGUUUCCAACGCACUGACCCUCCCCUCCAUCCCCAGGGAGGCUGGUUUUGGUGUUUCUUCUCUAAACAAAGGGACAUUGGUUGAUGGAUCUUUUACAUUGAUUUCUCUCCAAGCGAUAGAAAGGAAUGCCUGGAAAGCUCAAGCAGGAAGCUUAGCUGCUUUAACCCUGCCUCCACAGCUCCCCGUUAACUGGGAUUAAAGAAAGUCAACUAAUGCUUCACAGCACCGGGAUUUCAACAGCACGGAGCCUCCCGAGGCAGAGAGCCGCGACGGCAAAUCCAGCAGGAUCUCAAAGCAGCCGCUGCGUCUCCCCGCGGAUGCCGUUUAACCCCGGAUUUGUGAGCAUCCCACUUUGGAAAAUCAGCUGGAAUCCCAUCGCUGACUUCCCUUGAUGGACGGUGAGCGCUGCCAGCCAAACCCUUGGCUCCUCACUGCCCGGCUGCCAGCACCAGGGCUGGGAUAGGGAAAGUCUUUUCCCAUGCACGGGGCUCCCAGCAGAUUCCCGGCGCUCCCAGCCCAUCCCGGCUGACCAGCAGAUGAUCCAGUGUGUUUCCCUAAGAGAGGUGCGCUGGGGGAACAAGGGCUAGGACACGAAGGUACCUGUAUUGUUUUGUGAUUCCUAUUUGUGGGUGAAUGCUGUAAAUAUGAGCCAAGAAGAUUUAAAAGAGGGUCCCUGAGCCACGCGACUGAAUUCAUUUGCUUUUAGACAAAAUGCAGCCAGUUUUCAGCCUUUUACAGGCAGGAACACAAUUUCUUUCCUAUGCCAAAGACUGACUGCGUUUGCUCUCCUGCUUUACUUCUACCGUGGAGGAUAUCGAAGCAAGAACAUGUACAGUGAAUUGCUAAACUCAACCAGUGCCACUGAAGCUCACCUCAUUCAGACCAACACGCCCUACCUGAGCAGCACGCCGAGACCCGUGAGCUCCUCCGCUCUCUACAUGUCCACAGCCCGGGUGUUAAAAGAAGGGGAAAUAAAUAAGCCAGACCUGGUGACUUACAUCAUCCUGUUUUUCUUUCUGUUCUUGACUGUGACAUUCAUUGUGCUCUUCAUUAACUGCCAGCUGAAAAACUCUUUCUUUGCUACUCUUCCUUACGACAGAUCGCUGAGAGAAGCCAAGAGCCCGUGGAGGACACAAGCUGUCUGACACUAGAGAGCAACGAUGGGUUUACAUCAGUAGCAGGCACCUGAGCCCCUGUGCGAUAAGGCGUUAUCUCCAUGUGUUGCUGGAUGGAUGCGACCCUCUUUAAGAGGAAUAGGCAGCAUCGCAGGAAAAGAUCGCUGAGCAAUAUGCUGUGUGCAAACGGGAAUAGGUGUAAAUAAAAAGCUCUGUUAUGAACUCGAUAGAAUGCUUUAGCUAAUUUAUGCAGUUUUGUGCUACAAAAUCACCCAGUGAUUCCAGAUUAAGCUCUAUAUGUAUGCAAAUGUCAUCAUCCACCCAUUCAGUGUCCAUACAAGGAUAUUUGCAUUAACAACCAUCUCUGAUUCGGGCAUCUGGUGGAGCUUGUUACCCGCGUUUAUGAAACCAUAGCAUCAAAUGUAAAACAACCACAGUAUAUUUACCUAACAGUUCCAUGCUGAGGGUAUGAGUUUACUUUCCAGACCCAUUUUUCUCCACUGCUGCUGUAAUGCAGUGGGAGCCCUGCCAGGCAGGAGGAGGAAAGGAAAAAAUACUUAUUUAGACUUUUGAUUGUGAUUCUGUUAAGAUUGGGGGUUCUUUGGUGUUUUACUGCAUCAUCGAUCAGGGUUGAAGUUAAUAGCUUUGUGAAGCACUAAAUACUUGAAGGAAUUUAUCUUCAACCUUCUUAAGCUACAAAGGAAAUGACUUGCCAGGGCAUGAAACCAAAAUAAUCAGGAUGGGGAGAAGGAAAGAGAGAAGACAAAUACCAUUAACAGCAUGUAAACUAAGGAAAGAGGAGAG